CAGCACUAUACGUAUAUUAGGAUCUAGUAGUUAACUUCAGUCGGUAAAAUAGAAAAUAUUGCAACAAAACAUCUUCCAAAUUCUUUUUCAGCAGUUGUCAUAGCACUGCCAAAAUGGGUAAAAUAAUGAAAUCUGGUAAAGUCGUAUUGGUCCUUGGAGGCCGAUACGCAGGCAGAAAAGCCGUAAUUAUAAAAACAUAUGACGAUGGUACUUCUGAUAAACAGUAUGGACAUGCUCUAGUUGCAGGUAUUGAUAGAUACCCAAGAAAAAUUCACAAACGUAUGGGCAAAGGUAAAAUGCACAAGAGGUCCAAAAUCAAGCCCUUUAUCAAGGUUUUGAAUUACAAUCACCUUAUGCCUACAAGGUACUCAGUAGAUUUGGCAUCAGAUUUAAAAGUAGGACCUAAGGACCUCAAAGAUCCCAUGAAGAGGAAGAAAGUUAGAUUCCAAACCCGUGUAAAAUUUGAGGAAAGGUACAAACAAGGAAAGAACAAAUGGUUCUUCCAAAAAUUGAGGUUCUAGGCUAUAGAUUUAAUUUUAUAAUUAUACACUUUUUAUUUUGAGAAUAAAAUGUGAAUAAUG